AUGCCUGCGUCUGCUUCACUUUCCAGUACUUCUUCCGUUUCUCGCUUCUAUUGUAGCACUCAAAAUUUACAACCUCGAACGGACAUUUCGAACGCGUUCAGUGAUACUGUCAAGCUUGAGGUUUCCCGCUUGUCUGGCGCUCAGUGUUGGAGUUGUUCGACUACCGAAACUGAAUUCGCCUAUGUUAUUGCGCAGAUAGAUGGCCAAGUCUCUUGUUGGAUCGAAGCUGGCCUGGUGCCGUUCUCAUUGAAGGCAGUGACCAACUGCAUUCAGCUUUGUCCCACCUGCCACGCUGCCUUUGACCGUGCCGAUGAUCCCCGCUGGGUGUUCCUUCCAACGGAUUUGAACUUUUUCAUACGAUAUGAACUUGAAGAUCAGCGUCGCCGUGCCCAAGCUGAUCCACCGUCAACCCGAAUCGUGCCAACAGCAAAGGACUACCGUGACCAUCAUACUUCAAAAGGACUAGUGCCAGACGACGCAAUCGGUGGACUGUACCGUGGCUACUACCUCAAAAAUUUUCUCUGUGACGGCCGUUUACCCAUCGAUUUUCUUAGGGUUCUUACUGCCCCCAAGCCAUGGCACGGACACCCAUUAGCUGCAAUUCGACGAGGGAUCGCUAUAUUAGGAAGUGCCCGCUGUCAUGCACUUGACCAAGCCACUAUCGACGAAUUGACCAUGCUACGUGAUUUGUAUUUCGACGAUAAAAACCUCAUCCAUCCACACCUCGUUCAACUCUACCACAUUCCUCCAGCAGGUGACAAGAGAAAGAGGACUGACGAAGAUACCGACAAUGAGACUGACCAUCAUGACGAGAAAAGGCCCAAGCUCGCCACAUAUGCAGACAACAACAGAACCGUCCAGGACGUUGUCAAUUCUCAGGACCCUCAAGCUACGGUUUCGGACACCGUUCAAACCGAUUUGUACGCAAGUACAGAAUGGGUUCUUGGGCCAAGUGCAACUGGAAAUGAUGCAAUCGACCGGUUUGCGCCAUUGUUAAAAUCGAUAGACGUUGCCACGCUGCUCGGUUGA